AUGGACGACCAAGUCAAGUCUCGCCAAAAGCAAGACGACCAUCGGGUUGUCAAAAAUUCGCGUGCGGACUUCAAGAAAGCGCAACUUUCCGGUGGAUGGAUACCCGGCAUGGAUAUCAAGGUGGACUACUCGGAUGAGUUCGAGUUUGGCGGCUCCCUGGGAACGUUGGCACUUAUGAUUGGCUUCCCGUUGUUGAUGUGGUACAUGUGGAUCGGCGCUGCCUACUAUGAUGGGAAGCUACCUCUGCCAGAAAACGGAGAGUCCUGGAUGGACUUUGGGAAGCAUCUGUGUCAUCUUGUUUACACCGGUGCAUUCCCGCAUUUCAAGGCGUGGCGCAUUUAUUGGACAUACUACAUCUUCGAGGCAGCAUGCUACAUGUUGAUGCCUGGAUUCACAUGCUAUGGAAAGCCUCUCCAGCAUCUGGGAGGCGCGCAGCUGAAGUAUUAUUGUUCAGCCUACAGUAGCAUGUACUUCACAAUCUUCGUGAUGGUCGUUCUGCACUGCACGGGACUGUUCCCAAUCUACACUAUUCUGGACGAGUUCGGUCCUUUGAUGUCUGUGGCGAUUCUUUCCGGGUUUCUCACCAGCUUCUUCGCUUAUUUCUCUGCAUUUGCUCGUGGUACUCAGCACCGCAUCAGUGGUUACCCAAUCUACGACUUCUUCAUGGGAGCUGAACUGAACCCACGGUUGUUCGGGAUCCUCGACUUUAAGAUGUUCUACGAAGUCCGUAUUCCAUGGUUUAUGCUCUUGGGUUUGAGCUGUGCAGCCGCUACUCGCCAAUACGAACAAUACGGAUACGUCUCUGGUGAAGUCCUAUUCCUUGUCAUGGCGCAUUUUCUUUACGCCAACGCCUGCGCCAAGGCAGAACACUUCAUCACCACAACAUGGGACAUGUACCAGGAGAAGCUAGGAUUCUUGCUGAUCUUCUGGAACAUGGCUGGUGUCCCGAUGUCAUACUGCCACUGUAUUCUGUACUUGGAUAGUCGCCACCCGUCAACAUAUGCAUGGAGUGAAACUGUAUUGGCGCUAAUGUUUGUGUCAUAUAUUUUCGUCUACUGGGUGUGGGACACUGCAAACAGCCAGAAGAACGCCUUCCGUAUGAUGGAGCGAGGCAAAAUUGUGGAGCGCAACACAUUCCCCCAGCUGCCUUGGCGACAUGUUCAAAACCCAAGGACACUUGCAACGGAGAACGGCGAUACUAUCUUUGUUGAUGGGUGGUACCAAUUGGCUCGCAAAAUUCAUUACAGCUGCGAUAUGUUUUUCGCUUUGUCGUGGGCACUAGUCACCGGGUUUGAUAGUCCCCUUCCAUGGUUCUACCCUGUCUUCUUCGCGGUUAUGAUCUGCCACCGUGCCCUGCGGGAUAUCCACAAAUGCAAACAUAAGUAUGGGAAGACGUGGGAUGAGUACGAGAAGCUGGUUCCAAACCUUUUCAUUCCAUAUGUUAUCUAA